GGACCUGGGUCCCGAGGGCCCAGGGAUCCCCGAAAGGCUUUUCGGGUGAUCUGGAGAGAGGUCUGCGCUAAUCCCGCACCUUUUAGGAGCACUGAGAAGGUGAGCCGUCCUCCGGGUCCACUGACACGUGGGAAAGAAGACGCAGGACUGGAGCAUCCACCCCCGCUGGUGUCCUGGGACGAGAACGUUUUGAAAACAACCAGCAGAGCAGUGCUAAGUGUUGUCAGCAAGAGGACGUGGGCUGCUUCGGAUUGGGGUGACCGUGCCGACAGAAACUCCCGGGGACCUUCCGUGACAAUGGCGAACUUCUGGGGCAGCAGUGGCCCCUGUGGCCGACAGAUGUGUGCGGCUGGGAAAGCCAGUGGUGACUUCUGUGGUCUUCUCCAGUGCACCUGUCCCGCAGUGGGCUCCCGCAGCGUGAGCACGCAGAUCCCCUCCUGCCCCCCGGGACGGCAGCGCUCUGCAGAGGACGUGGCCCCGGUGCAGCUUCCAGGGACCGAGGUCACAGCGGCCACCGUUACGAUGGGGGCCCCCAUCUGGGUGGCUGCGUCCGUUCAGACCCACACUCCAACCGCAGCUUUUCCCACCUUACCAGGAAGCUCCCUCGGCCACAAUGGCUCAGCAUCCUGGCCUUGUCCCAAGCAGCUCUGUCUCCUCGCUCAGUGUCACCCUGGAGCCAUCUCCGUGCAAGUUCCUGCUGACACAGUGGAUCCCGCCGUCCAUGGCUUCCCAGACGCGGAUGCUCAGCUCUGUGUCUGGUGA